UCCAUUCACACAAGCUACCACCAUGAGACCCUCCAAUACCAUUCUAUCCUUCGUAUUCACGUUGCUGCUAUUGGCCACUUGCCUCGGUGCCUCUCACGGCUGGACAAGCCGAGUCGCUGUCGGGUCCUCCCGACGAGCGGUGGUGACCUUCGUGUCGGUCCACGACGGUUCCACGGAAAACGCGUCGAUCGGCGAUACCCACACGGACCGCGCCGACUUUCCGCACGGAUACAUUGCCACACGAGUCCGUCCCGACUUUAAGAUUCUGUCUCGGACCGUCACGGAUCGGAAUCGCCCGCUCAUCUACCUUGAUUCGGCCGCGACUUCCCACAAACCCCAGCCGGUACUGGACAAACUCGACGAAUACUACCAGUAUUUGAAUUCCAACGUACACCGGGGGGCGCACCAGUUAUCCCGGGAGGCAACGGCCGCCUACGAAGCCUCGCGGGACAAGGUCCAGGCCUUUGUCAAGGCACCGUCCCGCAACGAAAUCGUCUUCACGUCGGGGGCCACGGAUGCCAUUAAUCUGGUUGUACAGAGCUACGGACGAGCGUUUCUGCAAGCCGGCGAUGAGGUUCUGCUCACGGCGACGGAGCAUCAUUCCAACUUGGUGCCUUGGCAAAUGCUCGCGGAAGAAAAAGGACUCGUCCUCAAGUUCGUUCCGGUAGAUCCAGAGACUGGCGGGUUGGAUUGGAACGCUUUCGAAUCCCUGCUGAGCCCGCGAACACGAUUUGUUGCCUUUCAACACGUCUCCAACGUCCUUGCUUGUAUUAAUCCAGUAUCGGACAUGGUAGCUAUGAUCCGCAACAAGAGCCCCGACGCCAAAAUUCUGUUGGACGCGUGCCAAUCCGUCCCGCACAUGCCCGUCAACGUACAACAAUUGGGGGUUGACUUUCUGGUCGCCUCCGGCCACAAAAUGUGUGGACCGACCGGCAUUGGCUUCUUGUGGGGCAAGGAAGAUUUGUUGAAUUCCAUGCCGCCCUGGAAGGGAGGUGGCGAAAUGAUUGAUCAGGUGACACUGGAGGGCUCGACGUGGCAACCGUCGCCGGCACGAUUCGAAGCCGGCACGCCGGCGAUCGCCCAAGCGGUCGGACUCGGAGCCGCGAUUGAUUACUUGAACGAAAUCGGCAUGGACAAUAUCGAAGCGUACGAGCACGAAAUCGGCGCUUAUCUGUACGCGCAACUGUCGACCGUCCCGGGCGUGACCGUCUUGGGGCCGUCGGUCAACCGCGUGGCCCUGUCGGCCUUUGCCCACACAACGGUGCAUCCCAGCGAUUUGAGUACCUUUCUAGACGUGGAAGGCGUGGCCAUCCGAGCGGGACAUCAUUGCUGCCAACCUUUGCAUCAAGCACUGGGAUAUUCACACUCGGCCCGGGCCAGUCUCUACUUUUACAACACGAAAGAUGAUGUGGAUGAUUUUAUACGUCAUUUGAAGACUACGAUUGCGUUCUUUGAAAACCUAGAGUCACCUUCCGAGGAGCAGGUAGACGAUGAUUUUGUUCCGUUUGUCUAGUUGGUCUCUAGAAGAAAGCGAAGUAUACACCUUCGUGCCUCUGCCUCUGGGCUCAAGUGUUAGGUUUGCGACCAGCAGCCUGCAUAGGUAUGACUCUAGCCAAAGCUUGCUAGGUUUCGCGACACCGUCGAGUGCAGGAAGGGGAUUGUGGCAUUGUGGGUCUCCGAAACGGUACUUGACCGACUCUCGUGUCCGUCCGCAAUUUGAAAAAGUGGACUCUUCGCGACCGGCGUUUACAUAAAUUAGUAUAUAGGACACACUUGUCUGACC